AUGUCACUUUCUGCAGCCGCAAAUAAGAUAUCGGAUAACGACUUCCAGAAUAUUGGGCCUGCUCCAAGACCACCUGGAAUGAUGAAAAGUCAGGCUUCUGGGUAUAACCAGACCAAACCUAUAACGCGAUUCAAUACAAAUACUCCCCCUCGACAAGGAAAUACGCGUUCAGUGUCCCAACCCACGAUGUAUUUCAAAAAACGAGCAGGCUGGAUAUCCUGCAAGGAUGACGGACUGCUAUCAUUCUUGUGGCAGAAAAGAUAUAUGGUUUUGAACGAUUCUUAUUUGAUAUUGUAUAAAAAUGAUAAAGUUGCUGAAGAUCCGGUUUUACAAAUACCACUGACAAGUAUUGUAAGUGUUAGCAGAACGCAGCUGAAACAGAACUGUUUUGAACUGGUGCGCUCUAAUGAGCGAGUUUCGUCAUCUUCAAACUCUAUAGCAUCAUCGGGUUCUGGAAGCUCGAGUGGUGGCACUGAUUCAAGUUCAAGAAAAACCAUAUAUAUAUCGCCAAAGACAGAGCAAGAACUGCAUAAUUGGCUGGAUUCCAUCUUUGUCAAAUGUCCUUUGUUAAGCGGUGUCUCAUCGCCCACAAAUUUUACUCAUAAAGUUCAUGUGGGUUUCGAUCCAGAAACCGGUAGCUUUGUUGGUAUGCCUUCUAAUUGGGAAAAAUUGUUGAAACAUUCCAGAAUUACUGGUGAAGACUGGAAUAAUGAUUCUGCUGCUGUCAUUCAAGUUUUGCAAUUUUACCAGGAGUACAAUGGGAUAUCAAAUAAUAAUAACAAUAAAAGUAAUAUAAGUCUGGCGAACGGAAAUAAGGCUCAAUCUCACAUUCAAAGUCAGUCUUUGAACAACAAUAAUAGUGAUAAUAAUAUCAAUACCAUUAAUAGCGAUACUAUCAAGCCGUUGAACUACAAAAACUCCAAUUCAAAUCCCAAAGAUUUUAAAGUUACCGGAAACUCUGGUACUAAAUCUGCCGGUUUUUCCUCUCAAAGAUCUACGCCUCUAUCAGCAAGUUCAGAAAAUGCAAAUGCAUCAUCAAAACCUUCAAUCACUCCUCUGUAUACAAAAACAUCAUCACCACAGCACUCAAAGGUUUAUCAACAACAGCAUCAACACUCGCAUAUGCAGCAAUCAAUGAACGCACAAUCACCUACGGGAACUUUGUACAAUAAAAAAGCAGCAGCUCCUCGCGACUAUUAUAACCAGCACAUCCAACAGCAACCGCAGCAGUAUAAGCCGCAGCAACAGAGACAACAGUCAAGCGGACAGGUAAAUCCUCACAGACCUCAGCAUAAUAUGGUGAACCCGUAUGCGCUCAACAAACCCUCGAUACCAUCUACGGUCUCCCAGGUAACCAUACCAAAGGUGUCGAAUUUGGAUACCCAAAAUCAAAAUGUUACAUUAUCAAAAUUGCAACCUCAAAGAGCCGCUCCACAGCCUCCGAUAUCAAACCCCAAUUUUAAAAAGGAAGGACUAAGCGGGAAUGUUGUUAAUAACGCUUCAAAUCAACAACGUCAGCCUCACCCAGUGGCCCAACACCCUACCCAACCAUUGAGACAAGCCCCAAAGAAACCGGAAGCUGAUUCCAAGAAGGAUGUUGCUGUGACAAAGCAGAGGAAGCAGACAAAGCCAUCUAUGUCCAAUGCAGAAAUAAUGGCGAAGCUGAAGAGUGUGACAUUCAAUAAUGAUCCAUCGUCAUAUUUCAAUAUGAUCGAGAAAGCAGGUCAAGGUGCCAGUGGCUCCGUUUACUUGGCGCAAAGAAUUGAAUUGCCUUGCACACAAGAAGACUCAGAUUCAAACACACUUGAUGAACCACCUCAAAUCGGAGAUAAAGUCGCCAUUAAACAAAUGGUACUCUCAAAGCAACCUCGUAAAGAACUGAUUGUCAAUGAAAUAUUGGUCAUGAAGGAUUCGCGUCAUAAGAAUAUUGUCAACUUUUUGGAAGCAUAUUUAAAAACAGAAGAUGAUCUUUGGGUUGUUAUGGAGUUUAUGGAGGGCGGUUCUUUAACCGACAUUAUAGAAAACAGUCCCACGAAUGGUAGUGAACAUUCGCCAAUGACAGAGCCUCAAAUUGCAUAUAUUGUCCGCGAAACCUGUCAAGGUCUACAAUUUUUACACGAUAAAAACAUCAUUCAUAGAGAUAUCAAAUCAGAUAAUGUGUUAUUAGAUACAAGAGCAAGAGUUAAGAUUACUGAUUUUGGAUUUUGUGCCAAAUUGACGGACAAGAGAAGUAAAAGGGCAACCAUGGUUGGUACGCCAUACUGGAUGGCACCAGAAGUAGUCAAGCAACGCGAAUAUGAUGAAAAAGUGGAUGUAUGGUCAUUAGGUAUUAUGACCAUCGAAAUGCUUGAAGGAGAGCCGCCUUAUUUGAAUGAAGAUCCUUUGAAAGCUUUAUAUUUAAUAGCAACAAACGGAACUCCGAAAUUGAAAAGUCCAGAAUCUUUAUCUCUUGAAAUUAAGAGAUUCUUAAGUGUGUGCCUCUGUGUGGACGUUAGAUAUAGGGCCUCCACGGAAGAGCUUUUACAUCAUACUUUUUUCAGCAUGGCUUGUGAGUCACAAGAUCUGACGCCCUUAUUAGAUUGGAAAAGAUAA